AUGGCCCAGAUUACGAUUACAGAUUUGUCGCUACCCAACUACCUGAUGGCUUCUUCAGUUGGACUGCUUCCCACUCAGCUCCUGAACUCAUACUUGGGCACUACCUUGCGCACCAUGGAGGAUGUGAUUGCAGAACAAAGCGUUAGUGGCUAUUUUAUAUUCAGUUUACAGAUUGUCAUAAGCAUAGGACUCAUGUUUUAUGUCGUUCACCGAGCUCAAGUGGAACUGAAUGCAGCUAUUGUAGCGUGUGAAAUGGAAAUGAAGACGUCACUUGUUAAAGACAGUCAACCGAGCAUCAGUGGUUCAACCACAUACUGCAACAAAAGGACAGUAGCAUUCUCUGGAGGAGGUGUCAAUAUUGUGUGAUUUCAAGUAUUAAUAAAGUAAGGUUUUGUGAACCUAA